UGGCCCGAGGAACCCACGCGGGCGGGGGACCCACCAGCAUGUCCAGAGCGUCGCGCAGGCUCCCGCGCCUCCUGGGCCGCCCGAGGAGCAGCGCCCCUGGGAUCGCUCCGCUGCUGCUGCUGCUGCUGCCGCUCGGGGCCGGCGCCGACUGUCCGUGCCAGGAUCCAGCGCUGUGCCGACCCAUCCGCAACCGCCCCAACUUCGAGGUCUUUGUGUUUGAUGUUGGUGACAAAACUUGGAAAUCUUAUGACUGGUCACAGAUUACAACUGUGGCACUUUUUGGAAAAUAUGACUCAGAACUUAUGUGCUAUGCUCAUUCAAAAGGAGCCAGAGUAGUGCUGAAAGGAGAUGUGUCCUUAAAGGAUAUCAUUAAUCCUCAUUUCAGAACAUCCUGGAUAGCUCAACAAGUUAAUUUGGCCAAAACACAAUAUAUGGAUGGAAUUAAUAUAGACAUAGAGCAAGAAGUUAAUUGUUUAUCACCUGAAUAUGAUGCCUUAACUGCUUUAGUCAAAGAAACUACAGAUUCUUUCCAUCGUGAAAUUGAGGGAUCACAGGUAACCUUUGAUGUAGCUUGGUCUCCAAAGUGCAUAGACAGAAGGUGCUAUAAUUAUACUGGAAUUGCAGAUGCUUGUGACUUUCUCUUUGUGAUGUCUUACGAUGAACAAAGUCAGAUCUGGUCAGAAUGUAUUGCAGCAGCCAAUGCUCCCUAUAAUCAGACAAUAACUGCAUAUGAUGACUACAUCAAGAUGGGCAUUAACCCUAAGAAACUCGUAAUGGGUCUUCCCUGGUAUGGUUAUGAUUAUACCUGCCUGACUCUAUCAGAGGAUCAUGUUUGUACCAUUGCAAAAGUCCCUUUCCGGGGAGCUCCAUGUAGUGAUGCUGCAGGACGUCAGGUGCCCUAUAAAAUAAUUAUGAAGCAAGUAAAGAGUUCUCUUUCUGGAAUCCUAUGGGAUGAAAAUCAGAAGUCUCCAUAUUAUAACUAUAAAGAUUCUGCUGGCCAUUUUCAUCAGGUGUGGUAUGAUAACCCAAAGAGCAUUUCCUUAAAGACAGCAUAUAUACAAACCUGGGGCUUACGGGGCAUUGGCAUGUGGAAUGCAAACUGUCUUGACUACUCUGGAGAUGCUGUAGCCAAACAGCAAACAGAAGAAAUGUGGGAAGCCUUAAAACCAAAGCUGUGAACAUCUUUUGUCAAACUACUAAGAUUUUGAAAAAGAUCUGUACAAACAGAUCUAGUUUCUUGAAGAGAUGAAAAUUUAUACAUUUUUGCCAUAUGGCUGUAUAUGUUAAUUAUUAUAUUAAAAAAACAGAUAAAG